AUGGCUGCCGCUUCUACCGAUCACAUCAGUAACCAGGCGACAACAAACCAGACCAAACCAGGCACGCUAACGCGGAAGUGGUGUCGGAACCUCAAGAAAACCGCCCCAUUAGUCCCGAGGAAAUCGAAAGACCGGAACAUGAAGAAUGCGGCGCACGAGGAGGAGGCGAGUACGAAGAAGCCCUUUCGCUUCCUGGGUCUCCCGCCGGAGCAGAGGAACCAAGUGUACAAGUACUGUCUCGUGCCUGGAACGAAGUUUCAGGUGGUACAUGAGUGGUCCCCACACGCCGUCGCGGGUCUCCAACCUCAAGUGAUGACCUGUGGCAUCUCGACAGACACCCGCAUGAUCGUCCGGAAGUCUGCGCUCAAUCCACACAUUCUCCGAACUUGCCGCGUCAUUCACAGCGAAGCGACAUCGAUCUUUUAUGGUACCAAUGUCUUCUAUCUGAAUGCUCGAACCCUCUCCGCAGCCUUGAAGCUGCCGCAAAGCAUUCUGUAUCCAAAGCCAGGCCCAAUCACGUACAUUCGACAUAUCAGUCUUGGAUGGAGAGCUCAGGACUCCUACAAUGCGGCUGUACAUCCCAUCUUGGCGCGGAUAUCCAACGCCGUAUCGUUGGAGACCUUGACGUUCGAUGCGACUUGGAUCGAAUGCUUCAGAACUCCGGAGACGAUGGCAAAGGCGAUUGUCACUCUCUGGAAGCAGGUCAAUCGUGCCAAAAGCAAGAACGACAGGAGGGGUAUUGGAAUCGACUUCUUCUCGAUUAAGCGUCCGGAUCAUGACAGCUUGCUACUCAACAAGAAUCUGGUUCCUGGAGCAAAGAAGGACGUCGCAGUCUUCAUUCCGGAAUUCAACAAGGCGUUGAAGAGGAUUGUGACGGAGGGGUUGCCGAAGAGGCCGAAGAGACCGAAGAACAUUUUUGGCAAGGAGACGAAGGCAUCUACGACCCGGGGAACACAAGUUACUGAUAGUCUUCAGGUAGGAGCGUCGUUGAAGUGGAGCUUCGCAUCGCUCUGUCGUUGA